AAGCUGUACAAAAUAUAGUAUAUAUGCGCAAUAUUGAAGCGUUCAAGGGGAUAUAAAGGUAAUGUACAUCACAUACACGUGUACUCUCAUGCAACAAAAUACAAUUAGAUUUAAUAGUAUAAGCUCUUUUAUUCAUCAUAAGAGAUUGGAAAUUUAAGUGUCUUACGAGGGUGAGUAAAAAGUUACCCGCUCUGUCGGUGUAGAAUUUAUUUUAAGCAAUUGUCAAAAAAGACAUACAUCAUUUUUUGACAUAAUCACUCGAUUUCUGUAUACACUUUGUCCAUUUGCCGAAGGACCUUUAUAUUUUCUCAUUAAAAAAUGUUUUGGGCUGAGCUGCGAACCACGAAUGCAUCGUCGUCUUCACCUUUUCAUCAGCUUUUUCGGCAUCCAUCUCGCACAAACUUUUUAAAAUCCAAAUCUGUCGUGCACUAUUGCAUAAGCAGAGCCGUGGCUGAUUUGCAAAUGAUUUGCCACAUUAUCCAGUGUCACUCGUCUAUUCCAUAGAGCAUAAGUUCAUGAGCACGUUCAAUGUUGUCAUCGUGGAUGUGGACGGGCGUCCAGCUGUUUUUUCAUAACACUUGUGCGAUCUUCUUUGAACUUUUGUGCCCAUUCAAACACACUUCGUGACAAAACACUUUCUCCAUAAUGUGCAUUAAAUCUUUGAUAAAUAUAGGCAUCAAACAUAACCUCCGACCACAAGAAACGAAUCACAGCAUCCUGCACUGUUUUCCUGCAAAUCACCAUUGCAAAGCGCCAUUACUCGCGCAACGGUCACAAACGAAUUGACGUAACACAAAGAAACCUGCGCAGCAGCACUGAACAGAUAUUGACGUCAUACGAAGAGUGCAGAUGGAUCAAUACGGUCGACAGAAGUUUUAUAUAUCUGGAGUGCGGAUAAAUUUUUACUGAGAGUCGUAUAGGAAUCUAUAAUCUAGUACUUUCGAAAAUACGCCGAGAGUAUUCCUGAUGGUGAAACGAGCGUUGCUUCAUCGAACGCAGCUAAAGAAAACAACAUCUAUGUAGUUGGUGGUACGAUGCCUGAAAUAGAGGGCGAUAAAUUGUACAAUACCUGUACUAUUUGGGGUCCCGAUGGAACUUUGAUAGCAAAACACCGAAAGGUACAUCUAUUCGACAUCGACAUUCCUAAUAAGAUUACUUUUCGAGAGAGUGAUUCACUCAGUCCUGGUAACUCCCUAACGACGUUCGAUGUGAAGGGCUGCAAAAUAGGUAUUGGCAUUUGCUGUGAUAUUAGAUUCGAGGAAAUGGCACGCAUUUAUCGGAACAAAGGUUGCCAAAUGCUGAUAUAUCCAGCGGCAUUCAAUAUGACCACUGGACCACUGCACUGGUCAUUACUUCAGCGUUCCAGAGCGAAUGAUAAUCAAUUAUACGUUGCCUGCAUAUCACCGGCUCGUGUUCCUUAAGCAAGUUACGUCGCAUGGGGACAUACACAGUUGACCAAUCCCUGGGGAAAGAUUCUUUACGAUUUGGAAACUCAAGAGAAUAUGGCAGUCACCGAUAUCAAAAAAAAAAGAAAAAAAAAAAAAGAAAAAAAAAUUUCAACAAAUAAAUAAAUAAAAAAAAAAGUCACCGAUAUCGGUAAUUUACAGCUUAAAAUUAAAAGCGAGAGAUCCAUGAUGUAAUUAAUUUUUAGUCUCGUUAAUUUAUCGAUUUAGCCAUCUUCCUCUGUAUUUGUUGAAUUUAUUAGUAAGCAUUACUUAUUACUUCGUAUGUUUCUUUUUUCUAUCAGAUCUAAAAGUUGUUGAGGAAGUAAGGGCUCAGAUACCUACAUUUUCUCAGAGACGUACAGAUUUGUACGACACUGUCUGUAAGAAGGAGUAACUCUACACUAAAACAGAAAAUGUUUUUUUAUAAUAUUUCUACUACGAUAUCCUUUUUUGUGAAUUAUUACUAAUUUCUUAUCAUCCAUUUCUUGUAAAUAUAUUAUAUCACGAUAUUACAGAUAUAUACAUAGAUAUACACGUUAAUUAAAUCCUCUAUAUGGUAUUUUUAUAUCAGUGUCAUAAACAUUGUAAACCGAAAAUCUUCUAUUACACGCGUACAUAUACAGUCAAUAUUAUUGUUACAUAUAGUGAUACAUACGUUGAUCCACACAUUAAUUAAAUCCUCUAUAUGCUAUUUCUACUUUGCUAUCUUGAAUAGAUAAAUAACAUGUCGCUUCCA